AUGAAGUGGAACUAUGCGAACUCGAUCAUCUACAAUCCCAUUCUUGCCUUGGUUAAGGUCUCCUUCUUGAUGACACUCAUCAAGCUCCGAUCGCAGAAUAAGUGGAUAAACCUUUGUCUAUGGGGAACACUUAUCGUAAACGGCUGCUUCGCCGUUGCUGCACCUCUCGCCUGCAUUCUGCAAUGCAAUCCAAUAUCUAAGUACUGGAAUCCCAGUAUUCAAGGACGGUGCGUUGAUGCUGGCGCCUACACUGUCAGCACGUCGUCAAUUGUGCUCAUGACUGAUGUCCCAAUCCUGCUCAUGCCUUCGUGA